CCGGGACUUGAGCAAUCUGUUUAGCUCGGUCCGUGUACUGUACCGCACAACAUUUCUUGUGAAAAUCUUGAGACUGUACAACUGAUAGGCUGUAUAAAGAGAGCCUACAAUUGCCAGAUUUGACGGGUUGGGCUGCCCUACCCACUGCACCCCACCAUGCCGUUGGUGACGAGGAAUAUAGAGCCACGGCAUGUUUGCCGCCAUCCCAUCCCUUCCAACAUCCGCAGUGAGCUGGAAUGUGUCACCAACGUCACCCUGGCCAACAUCAUCCGCCAGCUCGGCAGCCUCAGCAAAUAUGCAGAGGAUGUGUUUGGGGAGCUGUUUGUCCAGGCUGGAGAAUUUGCCGGCAGGGUGAGCUCACUUGGAGAAAGAGUGGAUCGCCUGCAGGUUAAAGUCACCCAACUGGACCCCAAAGAAGAGGAAGUUUCAUUGCAGGCCAUCACUACCCGGAAGGCGUUCCGCAGCAGUGUGACCCAGGAUCAACAGCUCUUCACCAGGCCGUCUCUGCCAGUGCCUGUACAAGACACUUACACGAUCUGUGAUCCUCCUCCACCGCUCAAUCAGCUCAGUGUAUACCGAGAUGAUGGGAAGGAGGCCCUAAAGUUUUACACUGAUCCCUCCUACUUCUUUGACCUGUGGAAGGAGAAGAUGCUGCAGGACACCAAGGACAUCAUGAAGGAGAAACGCAAGCACAGAAAGGAGAAGAAAGACCAUCUCAACCAACGGACCCUCAACCCUCGAAAGAUCAAGACCAGAAAGGAGGAAUGGGAACGGCUUAAGAUGGGAGAGGAGUUUGUUGUACCAAAGUCUGAUAUGAUGCAUUCCUCUGAGGGUCUGAAUGGCAGUAUUGGAUCUGGGGAGGGCUUCACUUGUGAAGGCCUUGAUCUUAGUACAAAUUCCUAUUCUUUUGAUCCUGGCUCCCCUCCUCCUCCUCCUGGUCCCGAUGAACUGCCUCCUCCACCUCCAGACAUGGCGUAUAACGAUGGGCAAUAUGGAGCACCACCCCAGAAGCGUGUCAGCGUGCUGAGUCCAAGCCACCCGCCUCCAUCUCCCCCCAUUGCUUCGUCCCCACCCAACGCCCGCCCAAGCCUCUCUCCUCCCCCUGCACCUCCUCCCCCUCCUCCACCUGGUGGAUUUGGGGUUCCCCCACCUCCCUCUGAUUUUGACACCCCACCCUCUCCUCCUCCGAUCUCCUUGUCCAACUGUCCUCCCGCUCCCCCUCCUCCCCUGUCUAUGCCCACUGUUUGUCCUCCUCCACCACCUAUGCCUGUAGGUGGGGGUCCACCACCACCUCCUCCUCCACCACCUCCCCCUGGCCCUCCUCCCCCGCCUAUUGGCCAUUCUGGUCCACCUGCCCUUGCCGGGAUAACACCAUCUUCUGCUCCCAAACCUCAGCCAGAGCCCGUCAGUGACGCUCGCAGUGACCUGCUGCAGGCCAUCCGACAAGGUUUCAACCUGCGGAAGGUGGAGGCCCAGCGGGAGCAGGAGAAGAGGGAUCACUCUGGCAACGAUGUGGCCGCCAUCCUGUCGCGUCGUAUCGCAGUGGAGUGCAGCGACAGCGAGGAUGACUCUUCCGAAUUUGAUGAUGACGAGUGGUCCGAUUGAUUGACAUCCCUUUUCCUCUCACUACCGUGUGUGUGUGUGUGUGUGUGUGUGUGUGCGUGUGUGUGCGUGUGUGUGUGUGUGUGUGUGUGUGUGUCUUCAGUCUUAAACAACACCUGUGCAUUCCCAUUCAGAUUACAGCCUUCAAGUACAAACAGAGCAAAACUAGGUGGGUUUUUGUGUGAAAGUUAGUCUGUUUGAGAGGGUGUGUGCAUUUUUUAAAUCUCGUUCCUUGAUCCUGUUACGUAUAUUCAAAAUUAUUUAUGUCAGAGAUAAUAAAUAGGGCAAACGUGCCUGGUUUUGUCCCAGUUUGCCAUUAAUUUUCAUUGGAUGACACGCCGCUGUUAUUGAUGCAAGAGUGCUAGUGAUGUGACGCACGUCUCUCCUGAGCACGUGCAUAAACACAUCACCUCCCCCUCUCUAAGUGUCUGUUAGAAUCAGGUACCCUUUGCUGAGGGCUUAAAUCCUGAUUUUUAUCUGCUGUAUUACCUUAUAGCAACGGAUAAUGGAGAGCAAGGUCGAACACACACAUGCAUGCAACAGCUUCCAUUCACAGUAGCUAUAUGUAUCAAUGAAGAGACACAACAUUCUUCAUAGAUUAUGUGAUACAGAUGUAAAGUUUAUAUUUCCAAGAAUAUCUAAGGAUUAUUAAUGCAAUCACUUCAAAUCUCUACAAAGCACAGUUUUUUUAAUCACAUUUUGUAUUUUGUCUUUUUUUGUUGUUUUUUUUGUUGUUUUUUUUUUUUAAGUGGUUGUAGCUCAUAAACAAACUCAGUAAUUAAUUAAUUCAGUGAGAUGGGGAGACAGGUAUUGGCUCAUGUCAAACACCAGGAGUGUUGCAUAAGUUUGCCAUACUUAACAUAUGGAGACAUUUAACAUUAAUAUCGUAAUUUCUUUUUGGUUAAUGUAUUUUACUUUUGUUUUUCUUCUUAAAAUUGUAUUCUGAGCUUUACGGGGGAUCAGCUGUAAUCUGUUGCUUCAAUCAGUGUGCCUUUUAUACUGUAUUUCAGUGUCUGUGCUUUAAUUUGGUUAAUCUUGUUCCAAAAAUAUGGUGCGGAGUCAAAUGUAGAACUGAGUGUUAUUUAGUGUGGACCACAUAUUUUCUUAAGUGCCUUUAAUUUUAAGUCUGCCUGUGUUAAAGCACCAUGACACGGCAUGAUUGGCCAAAGAUCUGCUUCUCCUGCCUUAAGUUUCCAAAUGAUUAUAGUUAUUUCAAUAAAGAGAGUGAAUUUCAAA